AUGGAGUCCAUCGCCAAGAUCACGAGUCUCAUGGAGACGGCGAGGGAGCUCACGCUUGAUGCCGCCCAGGCGACGCGCAACAUGAGGACGACGUCGGCUCGACCGUUGGACCGCACCCAAAUGAGGACUUUACUGGAUAGCAGGACUGACAGGGACGUGCUGGAGGGUCUGCGUCGCGUGAUCUCGAUGAUGUACAAGAACCAGAAAACGCUACCCUACUUCUCCAACGUGGUAAAGAACGUCGCCUCGCCGAACCUCGAAAUCAAGAAGCUCGUGUACAUUUACCUCAUCCACCAUGCCGAACAAGAGCCCGACCUCGCCCUCCUCUCCAUCAACACGAUACAAAAGUCCCUCUCCGACUCGAACCCGCAGGUCCGCGCCCUGGCACUGCGGACCAUGUCCGGGAUACGCGUCCCCGUGAUCAGCCAGAUUGUGAGCCUCGCGAUCAAAAAGGGCAUCGUUGACUUGAGCCCACACGUGCGCAAGGCAGCCGCGUUGUCAAUACCAAAGUGUCACAGGCUGGACCCGAGCCAAGAGCCCCAGCUGAUUGACUACCUCUCGACGCUGUUGGGGGACAAGCAGUACUACGUGGCCGGAGCGGCGGUGGCGGCGUUCUUGGAGGUCUGCCCGCAGAGGAUAGACCUCAUCCAUAAGCAUUACAGGGGACUCGUCCGCAAGCUCGUCGACAUGGAUGAGUGGAGUCAGCUGGCGGUCUUGAGGCUCAUGGCAUACUAUGCGCGCAGGUGUUUCCCGAGACGGCUGGAGCAAGGCAAGAAAAAAGCGGAGGUCAAGGCGGACGCGGACGACUUUUAUGGCGAUUCCGACGGCCAGCCGCAAGCCGCUCUGGACCCGGAUCUGGUGUUGCUUCUCAACGGUAUCCAGCCUCUGUUAUCGAGUCGCAAUUCGGCCGUGGUUAUUGCGGUGACUCGAUGCUACGUGGACCUCGGGAAUCGAGAAUACGUGAAGCAGGCAGUAGGACCGCUGGUGGCGCUGCUGCGAAGCGCCCAGGACGUUCAGCAGAUUGCGCUGUACAACAUUGUCUCGGUGUGCUUGAUGCGCCCGAGUGACUUUGUCAAGUACGCAAACCACUUUUUGGUGCGGGCCACCGAUGCGGCACCAGUGUGGCAGCUCAAGCUGGAGAUCUUGACCAUCAUCUUCCCACACAGUCCUGUCCACAUCAAGAACCUGGUCCUGAAAGAGCUGGAGCACUUUUCGCAAGGCACAGACAAGGACCUGGUGCGGGAGGCGGUGAGGGCGAUCGGGAGGUGUGCGCAGACGGAUGCGGCGACGGCACCCAAGUGCUUGCGGCUACUGCUGGGACAGAUCACCAGCUUGGAUGGCACGCUGGCGGCGGAGUCGCUGACGGUCAUCCGGCAUUUAAUUCAGCAAGAUCCGGACAAUCACGUUGGUACUGUGAUACGGCUGGCGAGGAACUUGGAUUCAGCGACGGACCCGCAGGCGCGGGCUACGAUUGUGUGGCUGGUGGGGGAAUUUUCCGGAAUCAACGGCGAAGACAACAUUGCUCCUGAUGUGCUACGCAUCCUUCUCAAGGGGUUUGCGGGUGAAUCCGAAGCCGCCAAGCAGCAGAUCCUGCUGCUGGCCGCCAAGGUGUAUCUGCAUCACAUCAACCGGACGACGGAGAAUGACAAGGAGAAGAAGGAUGAGGAGCAGAAUGAUGCACCUAUCAUGACAGACGAGCAUCCCACCAAGAAAUUGUGGGACUACGCUAUGCUGCUCGUGCGAUACGACGUGUCAUAUGAUUUACGAGACCGUGCCAGAAUGUUUCGCGCGCUGCUGGCUGUACCACAACUGGCGACGCUCAUGCUCCUCGCGCCGAAACCAGCGCCGCAGGCACCGAGUCCAUCAGAAUCCAGAAAAGGGUUCCGGCUGGGUUCGUCGACACUGGUCCUGGGCGGAGGCGGUGGACUGCACGGCAUUCAGGGGUACGAGGCGUUGCCGGACUGGGUGGCGCCUGGACAGGAGCCCGAUCCUCGAUUACGAGACUCGGAACCGGCACCGUCGUCACGCUACGACGGGGAGAGGACAGUGGUGCCUGCGGGCGAGAAGCUCGACGAAGCGGCGCGGAGUAUGCCUAGCAAGACUAAUGGUCUGGGCGAAGCCGUUGGUGCCAAGACACUGGACGACUGGUUGGGUGAGGACGAUGAGGAGGAAGAGGAAAGUGGAGAGACAGAGGAAGAGUCUGAUGAAGAGUCUGAGGGCUCGGAAGAGGAGAGCAGUGAAGAGGACGAAGAGGAGGAGGAGGAUGAAUCGGACGAUGAUGGCGAGCAGGACAGGCUUGUCAAGUCAUGA